GACGGCGCGGAUCGAAGAUGCUUACCAGCGAGGGCUGGGGAACGUGCGGCUGAAGACCGGAAAGAUGGACGACACGCCCAUGGAGCUGUUCUUCCAUGAGAUGAUCCAGUUCGACCCCAAAACCACCAACAAGCGGAAGAUCCGGCGCCUUG